ACAGGGCCAGAGCAUGGGGGGAUGAGGACUCUCCUCUGCUGACUUCAAUGCAGAUGACCAGUGAUGGCCACAGCAUCACCUCAACAUUUGUUGGAUGACAUAAUAAACACGGAGCAACAACAACAACAGGAACAGCAGCAGGAAUUCCUGAGCUCAUUAGAGACGAUCGUGCUCACCAUCUUUCUCACCAUCAUCAUUAUCAUGACGGUGUUUGGCAACCUGCUGGUCAUGGUGGCGCUCUGCAAGGACAGACAUCUACGGAAAAAGAAAACUAACUACUUCAUCGUGUCGCUGGCGUUCGCCGACUUGCUCGUGGCCCUGGUUGUGAUGCCCUUUGCUGCCAUUGAGUUGACCACCGGCCAGUGGCGGUACGGAGAGAUUUUCUGCCUCGUCCGAACAUCCCUGGACGUAUUGUUAACUACAGCAUCCAUCCUGCACCUCUGCUGCAUUGCACUCGACAGGUAUUACGCUAUCUGCUGCCAGCCACUGGUCUAUAGACACAAGAUGACUCCUUUGAGAGUGGCAGUAAUGCUCGGCAGCUGCUGGCUCAUCCCCACAUUUAUCUCCUUCUUACCCAUCAUGCAGAGCUGGAACGCCAUCGGCAUUGAGGACAUUAUUGAGGAGAGGCAAGCCUUGGCGGGAGGCUCCAACGACACCAGCUGUGUGUUCCUGGUCAACCAGCCUUACGCCCUGAUCUGUUCUGCUGUGGCUUUCUACGUCCCGUUGGCCCUCAUGGUCCUGGCCUACCAGCGAAUCUACGUCACUGCCAUGAGCCAUGCACGACAGAUCGAGACGCUGCAACGCGCCGGCUCUGCCCCCAUCUCUGGGACAGCUCCGGUCAUCACUGUGAGGUCCUCCACUUCCUCGGAUCCCUCAGAGCACUACCGUCUUAGGACAACAAUGGUUUCCUCCUCUUUGGAGCAGGCUCCCAUAGCGAACAGCCGCAUGCGUGUUGAGACCAAGGCGGCAAAGACGCUGGCAGUUAUAAUGGGUUGUUUCUGCUUAUGCUGGGCGCCGUUCUUCAUUACCAAUGUGGUGGACCCCUUCAUUCAUUACUCAGUGCCCUGGCAGCUGUGGACAGCCUGGCUGUGGCUCGGGUACAUUAACUCGGGAUUGAACCCGUUUCUGUACGCCUUCCUGAACCGAGCGUUUCGGAGGGCGUUUCUGAUGAUCCUGUGCUGUGGGGACGAGCGGUAUGCACGGCAGGGAAGCUGCUCCUAUAGACAAACCCAUAGACCAUGCUCCCCCCCAUCAGUCAACGGCACAUCUAUGGCACUGAGAUUGUCCUUCCUGCCAAACCGGAGCUACAGUGACAACGGGCAGACGAUACUGGCGAACGACCAGGAGUCCCAGGACUCUCUCGGGGCGCGAUGAGGAGGAAUUUACGAUGAUGGAGCUGUGACAUAAUCAGCUGAUGAGGACCCCUGCUGGGAUGACCGGCCCAAUAAUGAGGACAUUGUCUUUUCUGGACUCCCACUCGGAGAUCGGACAUCACAUAUGUUGAUGACGUCCGGUGAAAUUCAAGGGUCAGUGGCACUACUGUUGAAAAUCAGAUCGUCGAAAGGAGACGAGUGAAGCGCACUGGUGCAGGAGCUGAUUCUAGAAAGCUUGUGAAACACACAUCUGUUCUCAAUCCAACAUCUGGAUCAAAGGAUGUGAGGUUCAAGUCAGGGGUCCAGGAACGACAGCAAAUUAUGAGCCAAAGUCAGAAGAACAAGGUGGGAGAAUCUCCCCAGAGAGUAACUGUCACUGGUUCACAACAGUGACAGCCAGUGUUUUUACUGCAUUCUUACAUUUUUACCAGCAUCACUCGUCUUUACUCCAACUGCUCGAUGCAUCAUCAACAAUGAACAUUUCUAUUUGUAUCCAACAGUGAAGACAGAAAGUGACUUUAUUUCUAAAUACAUCGAAACUUUAACUGUGAUGAAACGAUUUCCAUGGCGCAAAAAUAAUGUUGCACUUACU